ACAAUCCGUGCAGAAAUGAAACACCAGGGCAACAUGAAUCUGGAGGACUACUUUGAGAGGAUUGGUUUCAAUGGUCCUUCUGACAAAGCAGAUCUGGAAACCCUAAAAAAUGUCCACAGGCAACAUGUCCUCUCAAUCCCAUUUGAAAACCUCAGCAUUCACUGUGGAGAGCGGAUUACCAUGGACCUGGAGUCCGUCUACACCAAGAUUGUGAAGAAUAAUCGAGGGGGUUGGUGCUGUGAAAACAACCAGCUCUUUGCCUGGGUAUUGAAAGAGAUGGGCUACACCUACACGGCACUGGGGUCAAGAGUGUUCAACAGUUUAAAAAAUGAAUUUAACCCAUUGGAUUCUCAUCUCAUCAACAAGGUCCUAAUCGAUGGAAAUUCAUACAUAGCAGACGUGAGCUUUGGGGUGUCUUGUCAAAUACGCCACCCUCUUGAACUUGUCUCAGGAAAAGAUCAACCACAGCUUCCUGGUGUCUUCCGCCUUGUGGAGAAUAGUGGUGUGUGGGUCUUGGAGAAAACAGGAAGAAAGCCCUUAAUUCCAAAUGAGAGCUUUGCCAAUUCAAGUCUUGUAAACAAAAGCUUAACUAGGCAAAUAUACUCCUUCACUCUAACACCACGGAGCAUUGACCACUUCCAGGAAACUGCUCAAUUCCUUCAGACCUCACCAGAGUCUCCAUUCACAAACAGAACUAUCUGCUCCCUGCAGACACCUACUGGAUUUAAGGCACUCAUUGGCUGGACAUAUAGUGAGGUCACCUACAACUACCAGGAUGGGGUUGAUCUGCUUGAUAUGGAGGAUAUAGCCGAUGAUGAAAUAGAAAAAGUAUUAAAGGAAGAAUUUUCCCUGACAUUAAAAAGUAAACAUACUCCCAAAAACACGAAAGGCUGUUAAUGCAAGACUAACCGUCC